GUUUCGGAAAAAUUCACUCGUCAUCAUCUUGUCCAGGAUCUAGGUGCAACACAGAACCAAGUGCAAACAACUGAUAUUAUUUCGAUGUGUACUGUACUAUACAGUAAAAUGAAACUCCUAAGUUUGUAUUGGUUUGCUGUUUUCACCACUAAUCUUUUUGCUUUGAGAACAUGUGCUCCAACACCUAGCAAAAAUUACCAGCAGUAUGAUUCUACCCAUCAGUACGACGUUCUUGUACAGAAACAAACGUUAGAAAAAAUUGACUCACCAACUGGAGGAAAAGUUUGCACAUUUGAAGGAAGGUUAUUUCCACACGGUGCUCAAGUCCCGAGGUCUGAUCCCUGCGAGACGUGCCGAUGUCUUUUAGGCGAAGUCUUUUGCUGGAAAACUUCUUGCGUUGAUACAAAGCCAAGACCCGAAUGCCAACUUGUCCACGUACAAGGAAUAUGCUGUUCUAUUCACAAGUGCCCGGAGUCUAAAUCCACAAAACUUCUUAACACUGAAAUCACAACUAAUUCAUCAAUAGAGGGCAGCGCAAGUACGAUAAAACGAUCAACAGACCUUUCUCGGAUAUCAACAGUAUCUUUAAUAAGUCCUACCGUUCCAGUAUCGUCUACGUUAAAGACAGCAUCAGCUACAAAAGUAUGCGAUGUAAAUGGAGAAAACUUUCCAGAGGGUGACCUAAUUCCGUCUUCUAGUGGUCCAUGUAUAGAGUGUCGCUGUGGUUCGCAAGGUCAAAUUGACUGCAAACCUCUUGAUUGCAAAAUUUCCGAUCCUGUCGUUACAAGAACAUUUAUAAAGUUGCAAGAACAUUAGUCGUAAGAAAUGUUUUUUUUUUAACACGUGAAAAAGUCGUGUGAUCAACUGAUAGGGUUCGUACUCUAUAUGACUAUGCAUAUUUAUGUGAGAAAAAGUUACUGUAAGUCAUGGAACUACAGUGGCUAAAGAGUGGCUCCACAAUGAAAAACUGCCGUUAUAUGUCGUUCAUUUGCUAAACGCUUUCUUGGAAAAAUUACUUCACUUUUAAAUGGAAAUCGUUUAAACCAUUAUUUUGAUUAAG